AUGGGUCAGUGUAAUGAUUCACAGUUUACAUUCCCAGUGACUGCAGUAAGUGGUUUACUUGCUCUGUGCCUGGAGGAGGAUGGCUGGCAUGAAGCUGAUGGAACCUCAGUGGUGGAGGUGACCACUUAUCUCUAUGGCACAACUGUGCUCCCCUGUGACUUUCCCUUUAUCACUGGGCCUCAGAGCUUGUAUGUCACAUGGGUGAAGAAAGAGGCUCUAAAUGAAAAAGGUCCCAUUGCUUAUGUUUUCCAAGAUGGAGAACAUAAAAGUGAGUUACAAGAUCCAGUGUACAGGGGACGCACAGAGAUGAUCUGGGAUCUGUACAGAGGGCAGCUGAACCUGAUGCUGAGCAAUGUCACCUUCUCUGAUGAAGGAACAUAUUACUGCCAAGCUGCCAAUCUGAGGGACAGAGGAGACAUCGCUGUCAGGCUGUCUGUAGGUGGACUGAGCACAAGUGACCCCAGAGUUACAGCUGUGACUGUUGGUGAUAAGAGACGUCUGAAAUGUUUCACUACCGGGAGUUUCAGAGACCCCCAGAUUGAGUGGAAAGAGCUGCAGAAUGGAGACAUAAGAGACCUGUCCAGCUAUGGUCAUCUGAAUGUGACACACCUCAGUGAUGGGCAACAGCUGCUGGAAUCUGUGCUGGACUAUAAUGUGCAGACAAAUGUGCAUUACUGGUGUCACAUCAAGGAGGGGAAACUAAAGAGAUCAACUAGAGCUGUGAUAUCAGAUGGACAUGACAUCAUAGAUAUUUAAAACUCCAAAUAAAACUCAAAGCAAAGAAGAGCCCCUAUGUUUUGCUCUGCACCAGAUUGAUACAGCACCAGAACGCUGACAUCAGAAGAAUGUGAAACAAAUGAGAAUUCUAAUGCUGUAGCUACAAGUAGCACUAGAUUAUAGCAGGUUGUACCAACAAGCCUGGUAUAACUGGCAUCGGAGUCUAUUAGUACUUAUUAACGUCCCAUGGUUUUAAAUAUCACCUGUAAGCUGACAACACCCAGCUCUUCCUUUCUGGACCUGAC